CCCCCGCUCCGACCGGGCGCGGCCCGGGGCUCGGCGGGGCGAUGGGGAACCGCGGGCUGAGGCCGCUGCCGCCGCUGCUGCUGCUGCUGCUGCUGGGCGCCGCGUUGCCGCCGCUGCGGGCGGUGGAGCCGGCGGAGCCCGUGAGCGCCGAGCGGAGCCUGGCGUGGGGCCCCGGGCUGGACGCGGGGCUCACCCUGCCCGUGCGGUAUUUCUACAUCCAGGCGGUCAGCGCGGCCGGACACAACUUCUCCCGCUCCCCGCCAGGAAGAACACAGUUUAAAGUGGUAAUUAAAGCACUUUCUCCUAAAGAGGUCACCAGAAUUUACACUCCUCGCCCUUUGGACAGAAAUGAUGGCACAUUUCUCAUGCGGUAUCGGAUGUAUGGGAGUGUCAGAAAAGGGUUAAAAAUUGAGAUACUUUAUGGUGAUCAGCAUGUAGCUCAAUCACCUUAUAUUUUGAAAGGACCAGUUUAUCAUGAAUAUUGUGACUGUCCUGAAGAAGACCCUGAGAUCUGGCAGAACGUUAUGUCUUGUCCAUCCCAAGAACCUCAGAUUACACAGGACUUCAUUUCUUUUCCCACCAUUGACCUUCAGCGAAUGCUUAAGGAAAUCCCAACAAAGUUCAGUCAAACAAGAGGUGCUAUUGUUCAUUACACUAUUAUCAAUAAUCACAUCUACCGUCGCUCAUUAGGGAAGUAUACAGACUUCAAAAUGUUCUCUGAUGAAAUGUUCCUGUCACUUGCAAGAAAGGUUCGUCUUCCUGAUGUGGAGUUUUAUCUUAAUGUUGGAGAUUGGCCAGUUGAGUAUCGGAAAGCUAAUGAUACACCUGGUCCUAUACCUGUCAUUUCAUGGUGUGGCUCUGUGGAUUCAAGAGAUAUAGUCCUUCCAACGUACGAUGUAACCCACUCGACUCUUGAAACCCUACGUGGAGUCACAAAUGACCUCCUUUCUAUUCAAGGAAAUACAGGCCCAUUGUGGAAAAACAAAACCGAGCGAGCUUUAUUUAGAGGUCGAGACAGCCGAGAAGAACGUCUCCAUCUUGUCAAGUUAUCCAAGGAAAAUCCAGACCUGCUAGAUGCUGGAAUAACAGGAUAUUUCUUCUUCAGAGAAAAAGAAAAAGAGCUGGGAAAGGUUCAGCUGAUGGGCUUCUUUGACUUCUUUAAGUACAAAUACCAAGUGAAUGUAGAUGGGACUGUAGCAGCUUACAGGUUUCCAUACCUCUUGCUGGGUGACAGCCUAGUAUUGAAGCAAGAUUCCCAGUACUAUGAACACUUUUAUAUUGGAUUAAAACCUUGGAAACAUUAUGUUCCAGUUAAGAGAAACUUAGAGGACUUGCUAGAGAAAAUAAAAUGGGCUAAGGAAAAUGAUGAAGAAGCAAGAAAAAUUGCUAAAGAAGGACAAUUAAUGGCAAGAGAAUUACUUCAGCCUCACAGGCUUUAUUGCUACUAUUAUAAAGUGCUCCAGAAAUAUGCCAAACGGCAAGCCAGCAAACCUGAAAUACGGGAUGGAAUGGAACUUGUACCUCAGCCUGACGACAGAGACUCAGUAUGCAGUUGCCACAGGAAAAAGCCUUUAAGGGAAGAUCUAUAACUGUACCGGAUGGAGAAAAUCACCCACUUACAAUGCAAGAGUUUAAAUAGGAAUUAAGCUGUGAAAUCUAAGACAUUUAUGCACUAGCAAACAUUCUUAGUUAUGUAUUUUUCUUGUAUUUAGGUAUCCUUUUUCACACCGACUCUGAUCUACCAAAUUGGUUCCCACAAUUUUCUCCAUGACCACCACCAGACAGAUAUGGAGCCUGUAAUGGGAAGCGUCUGGGGGAUUUGUUUGAUGUGCUGCAUCAUCAGGAAGGAGAGCACAGUGCUGCUCGUGUUUCAGCUGGGACCUAGUUAUGAGUUUUAUGAGGAACCAGUCAUCCACAAAAGAUCUUCCAUGAGUCAGUGCAAGUUAUUCUAAAGGAGCAUUUGCAACAUACUAAAACAGUGUUAUGAUUUCUUCAUAAAGUUUACCUCAGUGUUAGAUUGCUUCUUGUAUACAAAACAAUUUUCUAACUAGACAAAGAAAAUGAAUAUUUGAGAUUUACAGAUAUCAAAUCUGGUGUUGCUUUGAGAUUAUUUUGUGGUCUAUGACAGAAUAGAAAACAUGAUACAAUACUUAUCAAUUUCAGAAGAAAAUGGAGAGGUGGGGCAGAGAUCAGAAUACUAUUUUUACAAGCAUCAUGGCUGUGAAUCAUCAAAAUUAAAUGGUGCUUUAAAGCGGACUGUGUAGCUAUCACAAUCACAGUGCUUUGAGUACCAAGACCCUACUCUGAAGACCUGCUCCCUGCCAGUGACCAUGUUUGUGAAUAUAGGGACAGAUCCACAAAAGGACUUAGGAACUUCAGGUGAGACCAGGUGAAAUACUGGUGUCUUAGUUCAACAAUACAGUCUACUGUGUUCUAAGCUACUUGAAUAUUCACAUGUGAAAUCUGUUAGUGGAGUUUUAGACCACCUAGGUUUAUCUUCUGUGUAGAGCUAAGGAUGCCACCAUCUUUUUCACUUGGAUUCAUGAAUUACCUUUUCCUGUGCCUAAGUCCCCAGAGGGAUCAUUUUCUGAAUUUAGAUCAUACCUAACCUUAGACUGAGAUCAGACAGCAGAUCAGACUUCAUUGUUUUGGUUCAAAUGUAUGACAGAAAAACCUAUGCUGCACUUUCUAUGUAAUAGUGUAGGGGUUAGAGACCAUACUAAGCAAUUGGGAAGCCAGUUGUCCCUCUUGGUUUGAUUCAAAGUCAUUUUCCAAAGAAUGCCUUAGCUCCAGACUGGAGAAGAGGUCUUCAGGUCUUCCACUGAAGUUGUGCAGCCAUGAAGCUAACAAUACAAAAUACACAGGGCCAGAAGGAGCUGGUCAUACCACUGCAAUAAAGUGUGCCUUUGGGUGGGGUAGAGGAAAAAUCCUAGCCCUGGAUGUAGCUCCCAUACCUCUUGAUUUUUACCCAAGUUUGUCUACUUCAAAAUGCAUAAACAGUCCUGGAAGGAGGCACCAAUGCCAAUAUCAAGACCAAUGCCCACAAGCACCCAUUUCUGUCCUCUGCAUUUUUGUCUUGGCUAAUGUAGCCUGCCUGAGCAGCUUCCUACUCAGCUGCACUCAGAUAAUGUCUUUUGUGGAUACCAAACUCUCUUCACACAAAAAGGAAUGGAAACAUCUUAAGAUUGUGGACUUGUCUAAUUGCUUAGGUGCUUAAAGUUUAGUGCUCUACACCUCAUGCAGGCUUAAUUUGUGGCUCUACACUGCAAGUUACUCUCAUCAGCUUUUUCAGCAUGCUAAAUAUGGAAAGAACUUCAGGUUUCUGAAGAGGUUAAUGCCACUGUCCAUCAGUCAUUUAUUAUGUUAUGCUAGUUAAAAAAAAAGCUGGAACAUAUUGUUCUACCCAUCAUCGUCUUUGUUCUGGUUCUAACACUUAUAUAUACAGUGGUUGCAUUUUUAUUUAGCAUGACAAUCAGCCCUAGAACUUCAGACUAUAAAUACAUGUUCAGCUCAUCUGACGAAGUUUUCUACAUCAAAAUUCAGGUACAGGGUUCCGUUGCUGAAGCUGACACUUAAAACUGAGUAUGUGCUCAUCUUUCCUUCUCUGUGUACAGUCAUUUUUACUGUAUGAUAUGAUGUUAUUUUGUGAUAUUAUCUAUUACACCAUGUACAUUUUAGAUUCACCAGUAUUUAUGGAAAUGAUGUGCUCAGCAAAGGCAACUAAGCAUACCAGAUGGUUGAAGCAACAGUUUUCCACCUCUCACAUAUAUUUCAAACCCAAAGUCCAAAAACUAUCUGUUUACAUUUUUAAAAAUGGGAGGGAACAGGGAGAAUCGUGACACAUACUUUAGAGUUAUUUGGAAAUAUCUGCGUAGGAAAACUUGCCUGGCUUGAAACAGAAGUCUUUCAAAUGGGAAGAAGAAUCAGAUAAAAUUUAAAUGGUCAUGAAUAAAUGCAAAUACUUCAUCCCUCCUUUCUUCCCUCAUAAACAGGGGAAAAAAAAAUUCUAAAUUCUUCUCUGCCAGAAAAACCCUCCUUGCUUUUGUAAUAAGCAUCCCUUCAAAGCAAAGACUAGUUUGUCACAGAAUGCCUUAAGGAUGCUUUUAUAGCUUAGAGGCAAGAAAUAUCCUGAAAAAUAAGAAUACAUUCAUCUUCCUGCCAAAAUUAAAAAACAGUAGAGACAUGGUAGAACUUUCAUUAAAAGUGCUUAGACAUUUGAGAAAAAUCUGGUUCAAUUUAUAACUACAGAUCUUCCAAAGAUAAAAGAAGGUAAGGCAAAGCCACUCUUCUUUCCAUUGGUGGUACUAUAUGCAAUUUAAAUUGUAAAGAAGAGUAAUCAUAACCAUUGCCCUUCCAGGCCAGAAAAGAUGUCAGUUCUACUUUAGUUUGAUGACAGGAUGAUACUUAUUGGCCUGGUGUGUUACAGAAAUUGCUAAAUAUUCAGUAAAACCUGUUUGUACAAGUAAAGUAUAAUACAUACAUUACACACUAUUUUUAAGUGACAUACACACAUGAGCGUUUCUAUUUUUCUAUAGUAGUUCUUGAACAGCAACUGAGUAAAUCUCUUGUACAUCUAGCAGUUGGUGAGAAUUUUAAAAAAACAGUUACCACAGUACUGAAUUUUGCUACAGAAAUUUCAGCUUUUAAUGCACAACAUAGGAUUAAUAUAGAGAGCAGUAUCUGUCCUGUUUUCAUCAAUGGUAGUCAUUUUUAACACACUGCAGAACUUAUCACUGAUGACAGAGACAGGUUUAUUUGUUUGAAACAGUAUGUCCUAAAGUCCAUGGCCAGUAUUUUCAAACAUAGGAAUCUACAUAGAAGCGGUCUGACUUCCAAAAACAAUGCAAAGCCUUUACUUAAGGUUCCUGAUUUUCAGAUCCCUUUAAUCUUAAUAGUUUCAUACAGCUAACACUCCAGAAAAUUAGUCCUUUUAUGUUAUGUCAAAUAUAUGUCCUAAUAUAUUUAGGCACCCAUAUUUGGAAAUACUCACCCAACCUCAAUUUCAUCUUGAAAUGAGAACUAGUAAAUCAUGAUCCGUUGAACAUAAAGGAGAUAGAAAUUCAGUACAUUUUUAGACUAUUUUUUGAGAUUUACCUCAAGAUAACUAAUAUUCUAGUUUCAUGACAGUAUUGUGCCAGGUCUGCCUUGUAGAUUCAUAAUGAAAAAAACCCUAUAAUCAAAGCUUGACUGAUGGAAUGUUAGAUUCAAGCUUCCAUCCUGGGAAGCAUACGCCCGACAUUUAUUACAUUAGAAAGUAAAUUAUUUAGUUAGGGAGGAGACCUGACAGGGAAAACAUACAUCACCUGUUUGAGCACGUUUGAGAAGCUUGCAAAGAAAUGAUAAUAAGGAAAAGAAGCAUUACAUAAACCUAGGAUAUUAUCAGCUCCUUUACUGCUUCAGUUUUUCAAAAGUGUUCUCUGGAAGGGCAGUGAAGAAGUGCAAGAUUUUAUAUAAAUAUAUUAUUGUUUAAGUUCACAGGAUUUCACCACUAGAAUCUUCUGUGAAUACUUUCAUACCAUUGUAAUGAGGCUAUGUGAGUACUAAUGCUUGUCUUUCGUUUUGAGUUGUUAAUAAUGUAAGAAAAUUUAUAUUGUAGAGAGUCAUGGCACUAAUUCUGUGUUUUGCUGUAAGAAUAAGGGAAAAAGGCUUAUUUUUCAUGUGUGCCUGAAGACAUUUGAGACACCUAUAGCACACACCUCAAUCGAGUCCCAUCCUGGUAGUGGUAAGCAAGAGGUGUAUUAGCAAGAGUGUGGCCAGUAGGUCAAGGGAGAUGUUUUUUCCCUUCUGUUUGGCAGUUAUGAGACUGCAAAUGGAGUACUGUAUUCAAUUUUUGACUGGCCUAUACAAGAAAUACAUUCACAUGGUGGAACUGAUGCAGUCGAGGACCACCAAGGUGAUAGAGGGUUUGGGGCACAUGAAGUACGAGGAGAAGCUGAGUGAGCAGGGUUAGGUCAGCCUUAAAAAGAAGGCAAAGGAAAAAUUACCUUGCUGAACUCUAAAAGGAAGGUAUAGAAAAGCUGAAGCCAGUCUUCUCAGAGGUACACACCAGAAGGCCUACCAACAACAGACACAAGGUGCAACACGGGAAAUUUCAAUUAGAUCAGGGAAAAAAAAAAAAUCUUCACACUGAUAUCCCCAAGGAGAUGAAGCUUGGUCUGCAUGACCGCCAGAUGUUCAUCAUUCUGUGAACUACAUUUUGGUCAUACUACAAGCAUUUAUCUAAUCACAUAGCAGGAAGAUAAAAACAUCCAGAUCUUGGGUGACUCCAAGAGGCAAUGUAGCCUUUCUGUGCUGACACUUUUGACACUAUUCAUGUUUAUGUCUCCCUUGAUAAUAUUGACUAAGUUUUGCAGAUAUUUUAUUGUUGGCUUACAAGGCUAUACAGUUAUAUAUUAUCACCAUAUACCAUAGUCAUGCAGUACACAGAGGAUUUGACAAAUAGGACACAUUGAUUUGGCAUUAUAUGCUUGGACUGAUUGAAAGUGCAAGACUUACACUUUCCAGAAGCUGAAUAUACACUUUAUAUGUAUGAGACAAUUACAAAAGAUUUUUAGUAUAGUUAUGAACCAAAGUAAUUAAUUUUAAGCAGUCAGUGGGAAUAUCAAUGUACUUUUAAAGUUAUACAUACACUUAAAUGCCAGCAUACUCUGUGGGCCACUGGUGAGUGACUGUGACAUAUUCCCAUCCCACUCCCAACACUAAAAAAAUCAGUCAGAAUCCAUCUGUACCACAGAUUUGCAAUCCAGCAUAGAAAAACUCAAGACAGUUCAGCAGGAUACCAGAAGGGCCUACCUGAAACAGGACAGAGCUUCACAUGGUUAUCCUCCUGCUGAAAACCCGUGGAAUAUAUUAUUCUGGGUUGAACCUGUCCAAAAGCCGACCAAUUCAAGCUAUACUUGUGAGACCAUAAUUUCCACUAUAGCUUCUGUGACUCAGAGAGGUUGUUUAGCAUUAGCAGAUGUUGUUGCUUACCUUUGGGUCAAUAGUUACCACACUUCCAGCUACUCUUUUUCUCCCAAAAUGUCCAGCCAAGCUGCUAAACCGCUCCAGCUGUAGACAUAUGCCACCUUAUGACUGAUAGCCAGGAUAAACCAAAAUGGUUGCUACUAAGUUGGUAACCUGCAGGUCCAACACCUGAUUUCAUCUUGCACGUUACCUUCACCAAAUUUUGCACUGUUGCAACAGAAAGAGAUUUGAGUAUUUUAUUAAUUUUAACAUGGAAAUCUGCUGACAGAGUGAAAAUGGUUUAGAGCAGAAAUUGCAUUUGCUUCCAAGUGAUUAUAUUUUUGCUCCUACACUCAAAACCAUCAGCUUUUACCUCAGGAAGAAGGUAAUUUUGCCAGUACAGGUCAUUUGAUGAAUUAAAAAAAAAAAAAAAAUCCCUAACCAAACAACACUCUGCUGGUAAAAAUUGUUACUCUUUUAAAGAAAGAUGGCUGUUACAGAUACUUUAGUAUAUUCUUUCUAGUAAAGGUAAAGCAUGAAGUGAACUUUAUAAGCAAAAUCAGUUUAAAGGGAUACCUCAGAAGUUGUCUGUACUGCAUUACUGUACACUAAUAGUGAAAUACAAGAUUAGAUAAUUCACAACAGUGAAAUUAAGAGUCAGGGUUAUACAAUCAGAUUUUAUCUGCUAAAAUAUAAGAUACAGAAGAAACAAGAAAACAUCCUACCUCCAACAUAAUUACUCAAGCAAAAUCCUAUACAGAGAUUCAACUCAUUCUGGCAGAUGUCCUUAAGAUAGUUUACUUAUGCUGUUUUGUGAGUUAUUUAAAAAAUGUCAGGAAUGUAUGUUGCUGAUAGAAGCUGCAUCUCUACCAAUAAAUUCUGUUUCCUUCUGCCGUA